AUGAUCAUAAACCUCAGUGCAUUCUAUAAACAUCUGCUAAUGUCAAUGAAUGUGGCAAAGGGCACAUCUGCGAACACACUCAAGCACAACCGCAAUCAUAAAAGUUACAACAAUGGCAAGAAGCCAGGCACCCAGAAGAUUGCAUUGCCAUAUCAGGCCAAUCAAAAACUCACUGUUAAACAAAUCCUAACACACUUCAGUGGCAUCGAUGCAUCGACAAUGAAAAAUCCUAAGGAGAUUUUUGCAGCUGACAUUCAAAAGGAUUUGCUGCUGCUCGAGGAGCAGGAGGGCUCAGUUAAUUUCAAAUUUGGCGUUGUAUACAUGAAGCCGGGACAGUGCUGUGAUGAUGAGAUGUUAAGUAAUCAGGAAUCCAGUCCAGACUUUGAAGACUUUUUAGAUGUGCUGGGCGAACGUGUGCGCCUAAAAGGAUGGGAUCGCUUUCGUGGUGGCUUAGAUGUUAAAGGUGAUAUGACUGGUAAAUACUCGGUUUAUACACUGCAUGAAGGUCAUGAAAUUAUGUUUCAUGUUUCAACACUGUUGCCCUUUUCCAAGGAUAAUCGACAACAGGUUGAACGCAAACGUCACAUUG